UUGAAUCGGCGAAGAAAGAUGUCAGGGGCGAGGGUGAAAGGAGCGGUGGUACUGAUGAAGAAGAACGUGUUGGAUUUCACUGAUUUCAAUGUCCUCGAUCGUCUCGACGAAUUCGUAGGCAAGAGUGUCUCCUUCCAGCUCGUUAGCUCCACCAUCGCUGACCCGGACAAUGGAAACAGAGGGAAAGUGGGGGAGCCGGCCUACAUAGAAGAGUGGAUCACCACAAUAACAUCCAUCGCAGAUGGGGAGUCUAAGUUUCAGGUGACAUUUCAGUGGGAUGAGAGCCAAGGCAUUCCAGGGGCAGUCAUUGUGAGGAACUACCACCACUUUGAAUUCUAUCUCAAGACACUGACCCUUGAGGAUUUCCCUGGGAAUGGUCGCAUCCACUUCGUCUGCAACUCUUGGGUUUACCCAGUGGAUUACUAUAUGUAUGACAGAAUCUUCUUCACUAAUCAUACAUACCUCCCAACCAACACACCGGCGCCCCUCCAAGCAUACAGAAAUGAGGAGCUCGUCCAUCUCAGAGGAGACAAUGUAACUGGAGAGCUGAAGGAGUUUCAACGAGUCUAUGACUAUGCAUACUACAAUGAUCUUGGCAACCCAGACAAUGGCUCAAACUAUGCCCGCCCGGUCCUUGGUGGGUCUGAACAGUUCCCUUACCCCCGCCGAGGCCGAACUGGACGCCCACCCACAAGAACAGAUCCCAAAACCGAGAGCAGAUUGCCAGGGUUGAGCCUAGACAUCUAUGUUCCCCGUGAUGAACGGUUCGGACAUCUCAAAAUGUCUGACUUCCUGGCAUAUGCUAUCAAGGCAUUGGUCCAGUCGUUGCUUCCAGUCUUGAAGACACUCUUCAAUAAGACUCCAUUUGAGUUCGACUCGCUACAAGAUGUAUUGAACCUCUACGAGGGGGGGAUACAAUUGCCUGAGUGCCCUGAACUCGAUAAGAUCAAGGACAGGAUUCCAUUUGAGAUGAUCAAAGAACUAGUUCGAACUGAUGGAGAGCACCUGCUUAAGCUCCCGAUGCCGCAAGUCAUCCAAGCUGAUAAAUUUGCUUGGAGAACUGACGAAGAGUUUGGACGAGAAAUGCUUGCCGGUGUGAACCCUGUCAUCAUCAGCCGUCUUGAGGAAUUCCCCCCAACCAGUAAGCUGGAUCCUAAAAUAUAUGGCAAUCAUACCAGCUCAAUUACAGCAUCUCAAAUUGAGAAAAACAUGGAUGGAUUAACAGUAGAACAGGCACUGAAGUCCAACAGACUCUUCAUCUUAGAUCACCAUGACACUUUGGUACCAUACCUGAACCGCAUAAAUACCACUUCCAGCAAGAUUUAUGCCUCGAGAACCCUCCUGCUGCUGAAGGAUGAUGGCUCUUUAAAGCCACUGGCAAUUGAGCUGAGCUUAUUGCACCCAGAUGGAGAACAUCUCGGUGCUGUCAACAAAGUUUUCACACCAGCUGACCUUGGAGUUGAGGGAUCAAUCUGGCAAUUGGCAAAAGCUUAUGUUGCUGUAAAUGACUCUGGUGUUCACCAGCUUAUUAGCCACUGGUUGAACACGCAUGCAGUGAUAGAACCAUUUGUGAUUGCGACGAACCGGCAACUGAGUGCCAUGCACCCAAUCUACAAACUUCUGAGUCCCCAUUACCGUGACACGAUGAACAUAAAUGCCCUUGCUCGGCAAAUCCUCAUAAAUGCUGGUGGAAUCCUUGAAUUGACAGUCUUCCCUGGGAAGUAUGCCAUGGAAAUGUCCUCCUUUCUGUAUAAGAGCUGGAAAUUAACUGACCAAGCACUCCCUGCUGAUCUCCUCAAGAGAGGAGUGGCCAUUGAAGACCCAACCAGCCCCAACAAUAUCCGCUUGCUUAUCAAGGACUAUCCUUAUGCUGUGGAUGGACUUGCAAUCUGGUCGGCCAUUGAGACAUGGGUAAAUGAGUACUGUUCCAUCUACUACAUCAAUGAUGCUGCAGUCAAAGAUGAUGUUGAGCUCCAAGCCUGGUGGAAGGAGGUGCGUGAUGUGGGGCACGGGGACAAGAAGGAUGAACCUUGGUGGCCCAAGAUGGACAGUCUCUCAGAGCUGACCAAAACAUGCACCAUCAUCAUAUGGGUGGCUUCUGCCCUCCAUGCUGCAGUAAACUUCGGUCAGUACCCUUACGCCGGAUACCUCCCAAACCGACCCACCAUAAGCCGGCGAUUCAUGCCUGAGCCAAACACACCAGAGUAUGAUGAGCUGAAGAGGAAUCCUGAUCAGGUCUUCUUGAGUACCAUCACAAGCCAGCUUCAGACCAUACUUGGUGUAUCACUGAUAGAAAUACUAUCGCGGCAUUCCUCAGAUGAAGUGUAUCUUGGCCAGAGGGACACACAUGAGUGGACUGCUGAUGAGAAAGCACUGGAAGCUUUCAAGAAGUUUGGAGACAAGCUAGUGGAGAUUGAGAAUAAGAUUGUAGAUAUGAAUCAGGAUAAGAGUUUGAAGAACAGGAAUGGGCCGGUCAAGGUUUCAUACACUUUGCUCUACCCAAACACCUCUGAUCUCAGUCAUGUUGGCGGGCUUACAGGAAGGGGAAUUCCAAACAGCGUCUCCAUAUGA